AGCCGCUCUGCCUGCUACAGGAGACGUCCUCCUGCGGGAUCAGCCGCUGGCAGCCUCGCUCUGCAGGGCCACGGGCAGCCAAAGGGGCCAUCGAGCUCCUUCCCAAGCCAUCGAGCUCCUUCCCAAGCCAGGGACAGGAGCAGGGGGUGGCCGGGACACUGCACACCAGAUGUAGAAGACACCGGAGGUGCACGAGCAAACAGCGUGAAGCUGAUUUGGGGCCAAAGGAGCGGGGCGGUGAGGAAACGCUGCUGAGGUUACCAGCCCGACUGCCUCUGUGCUCGAGACCUGAGAUUUCCUUUUCUGCUCUUCUUUUGAGUGGAGGACAAAGCAGCUCAGCAUCCGAGCAGCAAAACGCCCUGCUCAGGCUCCUGGACGGCGGCACACAUCACUGCCCCCUUCCUGAAACUCUCCUGGAAGAGUAAAGCGGCACAGUUUUCACCUGCACCUCCUGAAUUUCCCAAGACACGAUGACUUCGCUCUGGACGAGGGCUGGAAAGGUGUUCAUGAAAAGUCGUGCUUCAGGGCUGUCGGCGAAGGCGCCAAAGGAAAUGGGCAGCAACAGCGCUGAGAAGUUUUACAGGAUCCCCGAAGGGAAGGGGCCGCACUCCGUGGGCUGCACGGACCUGAUGACGGAAAACGCAGCUGAGGGAAGCUUCUUACGCCUGUAUUAUCCUUCAUGCGACGCCACAGAUAAUGAAGAGGCACCGUGGAUUCCAGAUAAAGAGUACUAUCAGGGACUCUCCGACUUCCUUAACAUGUACCGGGUUGUAGGAGAAAGGCUUUUCCAAUACUAUGUUGGUUCUGUGACCUGUCCUGCAAAACCAAAUGCUGAUUUUAAGCCAGGAGAAAAAUACCCACUCCUCGUUUUUUCCCAUGGACUUGGAGCUUUUCGGACAAUCUAUUCUGCUAUUUGCAUAGAGAUGGCUUCUCAAGGCUUUAUAGUGGCUGCUGUGGAGCACAGAGAUGAGUCAGCUUCAGCAACAUAUUACUGUAAAAAAAAAUCUGUUUCUGAAACAGAGGAAGAGUCUACAUCAAACAUGGAGAAGGAGUGGAUCUACUACAGGAAACUGAAAUCGGGAGAGGAAGAACGUUGCUUGCGUCACAAGCAGGUGCAGCAGAGAGCACAGGAGUGCAUCAAAGCGCUCAACCUCAUUCUAAAAAUCAAUUCUGGAGAGGAAGUAAUGAAUGUACUGAAUUCAGACUUCGACUGGAAUAACCUAAAGGAUUCUGUUGAUACUAGCAGAAUAGCUGUGAUGGGACACUCUUUUGGUGGUGCUACAGUUAUUGAGAGUCUCAGCAAAGAAAUUAGAUUCAGGUGUGGCAUUGCCCUCGAUGCGUGGAUGCUCCCAGUGGGCGAUGACACUUACCAAAACAGCGUCCAGCAACCGCUGCUUUUUAUCAAUUCUGAAAAAUUCCAGUGGGCUGAUAACAUCUUAAAGAUGAAGAAGCUUAGCUCCAAUGACUCAAACAAGAAAAUGAUCACCAUCAAAGGGUCAGUGCAUCAGAGCUUUCCCGACUUUACCUUUGUGAGCGGAGAAAUCAUUGGAAAGUUUUUCAAAUUAAAAGGAGAAAUAGAUCCCAAUGAAGCUAUUGAUAUAAGCAACCACGCUUCUCUAGCCUUCCUGCAGAAACAUUUGAGUCUUAAGAAAGAUUUUGAUAAGUGGGAUUCCCUCCUGGAUGGCAUAGGACCCAAUGUUAUUUCUGGUACCAACAUUGACCUAUCUCCAUCUCAAGGCGAAUAAGGAAUGCGAGGAAGUACUGUAAAUACCACAGGAACCAGGACACUAAUAUUGGCCAGAUGUGGUAGCACUGGCCUCCGACACAGCUUCUGGGGGACAGAACAAAAAAAAAAAAUGUAGAGAAGUUAAGUUCAGAUGAGUUAGUGGGAUUCUCAGAAAUAAUACCAUAACAGAGUAAUUUCUGCUUUAUAGGCAGUAGGGGGAGGGGGGGCAGGAAAUCACUUGAUGGUAAUUUAAAUGUUCUAUUUCUGACCUAGAAUCAACUUUGCAGAGAUAAACUACCAGUUAUUCAACUAAAGUUCUGCUUUAAGUCGGUUUGCAUCUAGCAAGCCUUUUUUUUUUUUUCCAGUGUAAGAAGAAACUAAUUUAUUAAACUUAAUUAUUUCAGCUGUACUCUGGGAACAGCUGGGAGUUGGGGCAGAUUUCUGUUCCUUCUAGUUAGAGAGGUUUCUAGUUAGAGAGGUAGCAGGAAGAAGCUCUUCAGAACUGUCUACUUAAAAGAAGAGCUAAAAGCAACAGGAAAUAGUUUAAGGUAACAGCGAAGCAAGGAGUUUGUUCUGACACACAACUUCUCAUAUGAACUUAUCCCACUUACAUUUUUAAGAUCUGUUCAUGCUGCCACGCUCAGAGGGAGCUUCCAUUCAAAAAGCUGCUGAAAUGGUCAGUGUAGUAAGUGUAACUGCCCCAGGUAAAGCUUUAAGCAGGGUCUCUUGCAUUAUUCUCUGUAUUGCCACUAUUAUCUCUGUAUCACCACUGUCACUUGGUAAUGCUGCUGUAGAUGAACCUGUGGAAUAGAUGUGUCAGUUCUACCAGCUCCCUUUUAAGAGGGGCAGGCAAGCAUUGCUUGAUCAUGUCAUCCUGUACAGUUGUAAUACUCUCCAGCUACUCAUCUUUGUUCAGGUUCUAGCAUCGCUGUCUGUGUCAGCAGAAACAGCUGGCUGUGGGGGUGGCUGAAGGCAGCUCUGAUUUUUACAGCAGAAGUCUCAAGUUGCCAUAAGGAGGAACAAUUUCUAAGUGAGUAAGCCUUGCAAAAGGGGACUACUAACUGUAGCCUAUUUGUUUCAAAAUAAGGUUACAAACAACUGUGUUGCUUGCUCCAGUUGUGUUUUAACUGUAAUUAAGUAUUUAUAUAAUCUGUGAUCUUAACAUGAGAUUGCAAUGACAGCUAAGGCCUGUUGUUCAGAAUUUAAUUAAAUUCUUUACAGCCUA